AUGGAGUUGGCCACUUUUGAAGCAAGGAAAAAGUCCGAACUCAAUGAGGACAUGGCCGUAUGUCUUACCCCACUUGAGAACAAGAUGUGUGAUUUCUUCACCAGAGUAGAAAUCAGGGGAAAACGAGGAAGAGGAGUCCCUGUGCUCCUAAAACCAUCAAUGGUCUCAGCUAUGGAGCUCCUAGCUGGCACUCGUGAGGUGUGCGGAGUCUCCAAAGAGAACAUCUACAUGUUCGGUAGACCAGAAGCAUUAUCAGCUUACAAAGGAGGAGAAUGCAUCAAAAAGUUUGCAAGGGAGAGUGGUGCCAAACAUCCCGAGGUCUUAACCUCAACAAGGCUCCGAAAGCACAUAGCAACAAUGUCUCAGGUACUUAAUCUUCAAGAAAAUGAAGCAGACCAAUUUGCAGACUUUCUGGGUCAUGACAUUCGCGUACACAGACAGUACUACCGCCUGCCCCAGGGAACCCUUCAGCUCGCCAAAAUGAGCAAAGUGCUUUUGGCAGUGGAGAAGGGGACUCUCUCACAGUAUAAAGGUCAAACCCUUGAUGACAUCGAGAUUGACCCUGAAGAAAAAGUUGAUUCCUCACAAGAUCAGGAUGUGUCAAGUGAUGAGGAUGAGCCGGAUGAGUCGUCCACUGAGGCAACAAGUGAAGACGACCAUGAGGCAACAGGUGAAGAUGACCAUGAGGAAACAGGCGAAGACGACCAUGAGGCAACAGGCGAAGAUGACCAUGAGGCAAAAGGCGAAGGCAGCCAUGAGGCACCAGAGACUACAUCUCGUCUUCCGACCACUUCUUCCAGAGCUCCUCUCAAUAAAGACAACCGAGGUAACUCCAGACGUAAGUGGGAAGACAAUGAGGUACGUGCAGUUGAAAGACACAUGAUGCGCUUCAUCCACAAAUGCAAGCUACCUCAAAAGAAUGACUGCAUACAGUGUAUCAACGCGGAACCUUAUGCGCUGAAAGACAGAAACUGGACUGGAGUGAAAAAUUAUGUCAGAAAUCGAAUCACUGCCUUAAAGAGAAAGGCCUGUGCUCAGGAAUAG